AUAAAAAUAAUAUUAAAUAAUUAUUUAAAAUGCAAAAAGUUUUAAUUGUAUUCGCUGCUCUUAUAGCAAAUUGUUUGGCUAAGCUACCUUCUGUUAUAACCCCUUGCCAUCGUAAUGAUCCCGAGUUAGAAAAAUGCAUUAUCGAUGCAGUUUAUAUGUUACGACCGUUGUUUGCAAAAGGUGAUUUAGGUGAUGGUUAUCAUGUACCUCCAUUGGAGCCGCUAUUAUUAGAGAAUAUUGAGAUGCACCGUGGCAGACAAUUUCAAGCAGAAUUCAGUAAUAUUGAAGCACGUGGAGGAAGCAAUUUUGUGAUUGAUAAACUCAGAGCAAAUGCAUCGGCUAUAAUGUAUGACAUAUCUCUAACUUUACCAAAAGUUGAAUUUGUUGGAAAAUACUUCAUGAAGUUGAAUAUACUUUUAUUAGAUAUACAAGGAAAGGGUGAUAUGCGUGGACAAUUUGAAAAUGGUAAGGCUGUAGUGAAAAUGCGUGGUACUCGUUAUGUGAAGAAUGGCGUUGAAUACGUGAAGUUUACUAAAAUGCCUAUGCGUAUUACCAUUGAUAGCUUCAAAUUGCAUUUGGAUAAUUUAUUUAAUGGAGACAAAGUUCUAGGUGAAGUCGGAAAUAAUAUAAUUAAUGACAAUCAGGACUUGUACUUAAAUGAAAUCAUACCAGGUUUGGAGAAGAGCUUGUCUCAAAAGUUUCUGGCUGUAGCUAAUGAAAUAUUGGCAACAGCCACUUUUGAUGAAAUGUUUCCAAUAUAAUGCUUCAGUUUAAGAUGUUUAUCUUAAGAUAUUUAAUAAUAAGUUUAUUGUUUAAGAUAAUUAGUUAUGUAAUUUAAACUAAUAUUGAAAUUAAAAUGAA